GCGCUCUGGGAGCUGAUCCGCUCCGCUCCGCUCUGCUCCGCCGCCGGACGGAGGCGGGUGCCAAGGCGGACAGCCGGCCAUGAACGGCGGGUUGCACGGCGCGGCCCGGGACGGCCGCAUGGACGCGUUACGGGAAGCCACCCGGCGGCAGUUGAACGCGGCCGAUGAGGACGGCAUGACCCACGCCCUAUGGGCGGCUCAUCACGGAAACCUGGAGGCGAUGCGGCUGAUCGUCAGCAGAGGGGGUGAUCCUGACAAGUGUGACAUUUGGGGGAAUGCUCCGCUUCACCUGGCAGCUUCCAAUGGCCACCUCGACAUCCUCUCCUUUCUGGUGUCUUUUGGGGCAAACAUCUGGUGCCUGGACAAUGACUACCACACCCCACUUGACAUGGCGGCCAUGAAGAACCACAUGGAGUGCAUCCGCUAUCUGGACUCCAUCGCUGCAAAGCAGAGCGCCCUCAACCCAAAGCUGGUGAGCAAGCUGAAGCAAAGGGCCUACCGGGAUGCGGAGAAGCGCAUCAAGGAUUGCGCCAAGCUGCAGAAGAAGCACCAGCAGAGAAUGGAGAAGAGGUACAAGAGGGAGCUGGACUCGUCGGACACCAUGAGCUUCAGCAGCUCGGCCAGCAGUUCGCUGAGACACCAGCUGCAGCGCCUGUCGAUGGCGGCCGCUCUGCCCUACUCCCAGGCCACGCUCAACGCCACCACCAAGGGCAAGACCAAGAUCCAGAAGAAGCUGGAGAGGAAGAAGCAGGUGGACGGGAGCUUCAAAAUAUACGAGGAUGGGCGCAAGAGCGUCCGCUCGCUCUCCGGCCUGCAGCUCAGCAACGACGUGAUGUUCGUCAAGCAAGAGAGCGGCGGCCAUGCCAGGGAGAGACCGCGCUGCAACGUGCGGGACAUGUUCGCAGCCGAGGGCGACACCAUGUCUCACGCCGCCAGCGACCCGGGGCUGCAGGCCGACACCGCCUACUCCGAAGUCAGCACCGACUCGGGCCACGAGUCCCUCUUCAACAGGCCCGGCCUGGGCACCAUGGUCUUCCGCAGGAACUAUGUCAACUGCGGCCUCCUCGGGCUGGGACACAAUGGCGGCGAGGCGGGGGAUCAGGUGGGGCUGAGGGGCUCGGACGUCAGGUUGCGCAGCCGUCUCCAGAGGUCCAUCAGCAUGGACGACAGCAUCGGCAGCGCACAGAGCCUGCAGGAGCAGGCCCGGGACGGGUUGCCAUGGGAGGAGCACGACCUGGGCCUAGACGACGACCUUGAGCCGGAGACCAGUCCCCUCGACACCUUCCUGGCCUCCCUCAGCAUGUUCGAUUUCGUGCCAACCUUCAAGAAGGAAAAGAUCGACCUGGAAGCGCUCACGCUUUGCUCCAACGAAGAUCUGAAAAGCAUAAAAAUUCCUUUGGGGCCCAGGAAGAAAAUCCUGGAGGGCGUCCAGAGGCGGCAGCAGGCGCUGGGGCAGCCCGACAGGUUGGAGGACACGAAUCUGUGAGUCGGCCCGCGGCUGCGGACCCUCCGCUGGCCGGCGGCGAGCCCGCCUCUCCGGGGUGCGGUGAACAACGACACCCGAGGCCGGCACAUCCCCACAGAGACCUGGCACCAUCGCCGCCACCCGGGGCAACGCGGCGGUGACAGGAGCUACAGGACAGGAGUCUGCAGGAAGGGCCUCCACAUGCGAAGCUGCUGCCUUCGUGUGGAGCCGCAGGUCUCCCGGACGGAAACGCUAUUUGAUGGUCUCCCUCCGACGACCUUUCCCUCCACCUGUGACCAUGAAGAUCCGUCAUCCAAUGAGUAUGCAGCCUGCCCAUGAAGGAGCCAUGCAGCUUGGAACCAGAUCCUUGAGUCCUCUCCUGACUCUUCUCGACCCGUCUGACCACUCAGACUGCUGUUCUUCUGGCCUCCCACCAAGCAACCCCUUAACCUCCCGCUAGGCCCCUCCCUACCUCCCCUCCUGACCACCCUACCCCCUCCGCCCCAAGGGGAAUAUCAAAAAUGAAUGCAAAAGUUUCUCUAGGUAUGUAAAAAGGAAAAGAUUGGUGAAGAUGAAUGCAGGUCCCUUACAUUCAGAGAUAGGUGAAUUUAUAAUGGGAAACAAGGAAAUGGCAGAACAGUUAAACAAGUACUUUGGUUCUGUCUUCACUAAGGAAGACACAAACAAUCUCCCGGAAA